CAAAACACACCAAAAAACACACGAGUCUGAGCACGUAGGAGGUGUUAUUAUAUAUCUACCUUGCACGUAGGUAGUCGUGUGAAGAUUUUAUGUUGAUCCUGUAUGAUAGAUAAAAGUACACUGGUACAGUCAUGUCACGGGAAGAGCUAAAAACACGAAUAGAUCCUUACCUGAAGAGGAUCGAUGCCGACGGAGAAGAUAUCGGCAUCCCGCCGGGAGUGACGUGUUUUGGAAGAGGUCCGUUUCUAAAGUGCAAGGACAAGAAGGUGUCGAGAAAUCAUGGCCUGCUGGAGCUCGCCUCUGAUGGACAAAUUUACAUCACAACUAUACAUUCUAUCUUAUAUGUGAGGCCUGCUGGCAAGAGUGAGGUUAAACAUCUGGCAAAGGACGAGAAGCAGCUCCUCCUUGAUGGGGAUGAGUUUCGUCUUCUACCAGAAACCUUCUGCUACAAACUCUGUGUUCCAAACACACCUGGCACUGCAGAAGACAAACAUCCACCCACUACAGUUGGUGACACCAAGACAGAAAUAACCAGUCCUAAUGAAGGGGGAAGAGGACUCACUGAAGAUGACCAGCCUAGUGACAGUCUCCAAGGGAUCUCUCAGACUAAGAACACUGCCAGUACCAGUGGUGCCAACAAGGAGGAAGCUGGUCCAGCUCCUGAAACUGUCCUGGCUGAAGAAAACAGAGUGGGUGUUACUUCUGACAAGACCACCACAGACACAGGAGCUGAUAAUGUCACUGCUGAAGACGAUUCCUUGCCACCAAGGGUGGCCCCAGGGCCUUCUGAGACCUCUGUCCUGCCACAUGGUGCUCAGGCAGAUGAGUUGACAAGACCCAGUCACAGUGCAAGGAACCAGGGAGAAGGGGCAUCUAAGGCGGCAGCUUCAUCAAGGGCUACAACAGACCAUGCUGCUGGAGCACUGAGCAAUGGUGUUGGAAAGGUGCCAGUCAUAAACGGCUCUACCCGAAAACGGAAGCUGCCGGCCUUCCUUCUGGACCUGGAUGUGGACUCUGCCGUGUGUGCCGCCGGCCCCUCCGCUGACACUCUGAAGAAGCGCGGCCGCCCGCGGCCGGGGGGCGCUCGAGGAGGGUCCUCGGUCGGCCGGGGACAGCAGAGGGCGUCCCCGGGCACCAGCGGCACCCCACGGGGCCGGGGCCGCGGCCGACAGCGCCCCUCGGAGAGGCAGCAGCUCUCACAGCAGUCGGACGACGAGCUGGCGCCGCCGACUCCGCCGUCCGCGCCGCCGCCGCCGCAGAGCACGGACGCUGCAGCGGAGACUGCAGCGUCUACUGAGGAUCCAUCGGUGACGAAAUCUCCCGCCUCCAAGGCCUCACCGCCGCAGGAGUCCUCUCCAACCAUAGACGUCGGGUCUCCGUCUGAUGAACAGGUCACGGCCGCCGCUAGCGCUUCCACCGGGCCGGCACCAAGCUCUAGUUCGCCACUCACUCGGAAGGUGGCAGCACAGGACAACUCGCUCAGGGGACACGCAGUGUCUGAUGAUAGCGGUGACGAAGAUGACCCCGCUGCGGCGAGCUCCAGCCAGCGAGAAUGCUGCGCCUAUGGGGCCAAUUGCUUCAGGACGAACCCGGUUCACCGGCGGGACUUCUCCCACCCGGGAGACGCCGACUACCAGGCUCCGCCGCCGCCGCCGCCGGCCGGGCAGCCGCUGCCCGAGUGCGAGUUCGGCGUCAACUGCUACCGACGUAACCCGCUGCAUCGUCAACAGUUCGCGCACACGUCCCGGCCCAACCCGCGCCGAGAGGCGAAACGGAAAGCGCGUCAGAAGGCCAAAAAGGCCGCCGCCGGUGACACCCCCGACUCUUACGACCUGGAUGACUCGUUCAUCAACGACUCUGAGUCGGACGAUUAUGCCCCGGAUGACUCGGGCUCGGACUGGUCGGCCGAUAAGGGGUCGGGGUCGGAUGACGACGACCGCCGCCGGCGGGACCGGGAGGCCAGGAGACUCACCGGCGGACGAUAGCAGGGUGGCGCUGGCUGAUCGGCACAAAUACACGCACACAGGUAUCGAGGCGACUCGCGGCGCACGUCAGCUCUGAUGGGCGGAUCGUCUGAAACGUCGAGAGCGCGGCUGGAUGGAAGCAAAGGUGCUGAGAUGAUCACGAUCGGUCUCUCCAUGAAUGCUGGGGAAUGCGAGACGACUUGCCAUGCUGUCAGCAGGCUGCUCCAGAUGCUUGUCGCCUCAGAAAACAGGUGUGUUGAAGCUGCAAUUACGCUCACUGUUGCUCAGACAUGCCUCGACACAAACAACGCCUUGAAGAACCCUGGCUGAUGCUGCCACCGCUAAUGAUUCUGCCGGUAGUCGCAAUCUUCCGCCAGUAACCGCAGUGUGCUGCUCCAGCCGUCGCGGCCCAGAGCAGGGCCUGCCUCAACAGGCGUUUUUCUCGGAGUGACGAUGUCGUUAUGUGACGCAGAAGAUGCCGUCGCCGUUGUGUGCGAUCUGGGCUCAGGUGAUGUCGGGUCAUGAUUUGGACGGGUCAGCUCUCUGGAGAGUUACUCGUACUUUUCGCCACCGUCCAAACCGUCUGCGAAAGGAGAAACAUGGGUCAGUACCUGCUGGUUGUGAGCGUGAUUUUAGCCCGGCCUUUCGGGUGUUUUUUAAUUGUCGCGUGGUUGUAAGUCAGCUGAUAGUACGACACGUCUCGGGUAAUGAGUUCAAGCAUGUAGAACGCUUCUGUGAUAAUCUGUGCACUGAUCUUUGGUCAACACUUGCGCUUUAUGUAUGCCAUGCAUGUCGAAUUGUCGAGUCAUAAUCCGAGCUGCCUAGAUUUGCUGUGCUGUGAGCACUGUUUUGAUGACUGAGCCAACGAUGUUCAUGUUUGUUAUGUCACGACUCAUUGUGUGUUUAUCAAAUACAUGAGGCAAAGCCACAGUUUGACAGCUGCUGGCAAGUUUGAA